GGGCUGGAGCUGUCCUGCCGCGGUACCAGCCUCCAGCCUGUCGCCGAGACUGCCCCUGACCCAGGCGCGCCUGCUGCUCGGUGGCAGGAGGGCCGGCGGAGCGCCAUGGCCUGCAUCCUGAAGGUCUCUGCAAGAUCUUGGAGGAGAUACAGAUAAGGAUGAAGUCCUAAGCUUUGCUUUUAUAAAGCUGAGCAUCAAAUGAGAGUGAAGAACACCCCCACCUCUACCCCAGGUCCUUCUCUUCCAGUCAUGGCUCUCCUGAGACUCUGCAGCAGGAGCCGAUGAAUGUGUGUGAGAAAGUCUGUGAUUGCAGUGAGCUUCAUAGCAGCGUUCCUCUUCCUGCUGGUUGUGCGCCUUGUAAAUGAAGUGAAUUUCCCAUUGCUACUAAACUGCUUUGGACAACCUGGUACAAAAUGGAUACCGUUCUCCUACACAUACAGGCGGCCCCUUCGAACUCACUAUGGAUACAUAAAUGUGAGGACGCAAGAGCCCUUGCAACUGGACUGUGACCUCUGUGCCAUAGUGUCAAACUCGGGUCAGAUGGUUGGCCAGAAGGUGGGGAAUGAAAUAGACCAAUGCUCCUGCAUUUGGAGAAUGAACAAUGCCCCCACCAGGGGCUAUGAAGAAGAUGUUGGCCGCAUGACAACAAUUCGAGUCGUGUCCCAUACCAGCGUUCCGCUUUUGCUAAAAAACCCUGAUUAUUUUUUCAAGGAGGCAAACACUACUAUUUAUGUUAUUUGGGGCCCUUUCCGCAAUAUGAGGAAAGAUGGCAACGGCAUUGUUUACAACAUGUUGAAAAAGACUGUUGACGUCUAUCCAAAUGCCCAAAUUUAUGUGACCACAGAGAAGCGCAUGAGUCACUGUGAUGGAAUUUUUAAGAAGGAAACUGGGAAAGACAGAGUCCAGUCUGGCUCUUAUCUCAGCACAGGAUGGUUUACCUUCAUUCUGGCCAUGGAUGCCUGUUACAGCAUUCACGUCUACGGCAUGAUAAAUGACACCUACUGCAGGACAGAAGGAUAUAGAAAAGUCCCCUAUCAUUACUAUGAACAAGGAAGAGAUGAAUGUGAUGAAUAUUUUCUUCAUGAACAUGCCCCAUAUGGGGGGCAUAGGUUUAUCACUGAGAAGAAAGUGUUUGCUAAAUGGGCCAAGAAACACAGGAUAAUAUUUACACACCCAAACUGGACAGUGUCUUGAUGUUGGUUUUUCUGAUCUUGCCAUACCACUUGACAUGAUCAUGAUGCUGCAACUGUGAUGCUAAUGAUGCUAAUCAUGAUGAUGGUGAUGAUAAAGACAACAAUGAUGAUCAAGUUUCUAUACAUUCUCAGAUAUGGAUGGUGACUCUGCCAGUAAUUUGAACUUGGGAUUCUGUGUAGGGUGGUUGUGCUCAUUAUGUUCUUUCUGAAGGUUCACCGUUACAUACUGCACUUUAUAAUUUAACUGGAAUUGAAAUGAAGGCCAGUAACAUGACGGCAAUGACCUAAGAAAUGGGAAGAUUAUCCUUCAAGAUAGCUGCCCAGAAUUCUUGACAGUGAGUGACUUCCAAAUGCCAUGGGAUUUGGCCUCGUGAGGCAAAGUUAUUGACUCUGUGGUUUCUUGAACCUGAGCAGCUCCACUGUCGGACACUGACCCAAGAAAUGCUCAAGGUACAAGUAUCUUACCACAGUUACUAGUUAGCUUGAGGGCAGGGAAGAAUCUCUUCCUGACAUACCAUCUUCCUACAGUACCUCCUACAGCUAAAGCCUCAGGUCAUUUCCUAAUUAACAGUGAUGAUAUUAUGGACAUCAUACCCAUCAGGAUUACUUGACUAUCUCAAACGCUUAAUUCACAAUAGGCCGACUAGCAAAGCUUGACGAAUUUCCACUCUCACCAAUCCAUUCUCACUGCCCCAAACAAUAUAACUAAACAUGUUACUAGAAUGAGCUAUAUUAAUGUUUAGUUAUUUUUGGUUGAGUCCUAAGUAUUUCAGAAACCUAUUUAACACGUAAGAUACCAACACUGUAAUAACAUAUACUGUGAAAACAUUCAUGAAACAUAACCAAAAGGAUUUCUAACUCUGCUUCAACAUCCAACAACACAAAAUUGUAUGCUUUUUAAAAUCAUGAAACAAGGAAAGCAAAGCAUAUUUUUACAUCAAUUUGUAUCCUACCAUUCUUCUUAAUAUAUAUUUGUAUAUUCAGAUUUCUAUUUUAUAGGCCCAAGAUGUGUCUCUCCAUACAUUAUAUUAUCAUUGCUAAGUGCCAACUGUUAGACAUGGAGAGGAAAUGAUUCCUUGUAUUAAAUCUGACCAGAGAUUUUUGCCUUCUUAGGGUUUACUUUCCCCACAGUGUAUCAGUUGUUAUACAACAAUAUAAUGACCUUGAUGUCCAAAGUGCUUUGUCAUUCAGAGUCCUUUCACAUAUGCUGUCCCGUGUGAUCCCCAUGACCACCCCAUUGGGCUAUUGUCUAUGCGUUCUGACAGCUCCUUAGCAGAUAAUCUGUAAUUUGUUAAUUGCUCUGAUAUAUUCCAGAUUGCUCCCCUUACUAAUAUUUGUAUAGAAUAGCAUUUAUGUAGACUAGUAACAAAUUGAUUUCAGUGCCAAAUACAAUAGAUUAUAUCAGGAUUAUGCAAAAAGUAUCAUAAGAAUGGUCUUGGCCAUAGACUGGGACCCCUGUGAACAUAGGUACUUUUGAUUUUUUUUGUUUUAAUGACUCUAUUUUGGUGGGGAAAAGAUGAGGAAGCAGAGACAACAGGAGGGUAUGAAUGCAGAGAAGUACAUUUUCCUGUUCCCGUCUUGUGAUGACUCUGUUCUCCAUAUAUUCAUUGCUCAUUAAAUAUUAGAAGGUUGAUUUGCUGAGAAAAUAGCUGAAAGACCAAAAACAUUCUUGCAAAUGAUCCAAAAGACAAAAGCCAGCCUUAAUUUACAAAAUGUUUUGGAAGCUGGAAGUGAUGAUGCAUUUCACCUCAGGAGCAUUUUGCUGGUCUUUCCCAGUGCUAAGUCUCAUGAUUAAUUUUCAUUAAAAUGGGCCAUUUUGGGCAAAAGUCUCUCUUCUGCUCUUCUACCAUUUUGAUACCCCAGUACGCACAUCUCUAAAAAUUACCAAGCAGCACUUCCAUUGUUGGAUCUGUUAAUCUUGUUCUUCUUUUGUUGUUUCCUUAUGUGAUUUUCACUUCUAUGUAUAUUGGUUUUUUUGAGCUAAUGAUGGAUAGAAAUGCCCACUCAAAGAAAAAUAAAUGGAUACAAAUGUUA